AUGGAGCCACCGGGAGCAAGAGGGAACCCGGCGCUCCCAGCUCGGCCACGGGUGCUGAUCGUGGGCGCUGGCGUGGCGGGGCUGGGCGCGGCGCAGCGGUUGCUCCGCGGCUCCCGGUGCUUCGCCGACCUGUGCCUCCUGGAGGCCUCGGGGCGAGUUGGCGGCCGUAUCCGUUCCGGAAGACUCGGAAAUAAGGUGGUUGAGAUAGGUGCACACUGGAUCCAUGGGCCCUCCCCGAAGAAUCCUGUCUUCCAGCUUGCAUCCGAGUAUGGACUACUGGAUGAAGAUGCUAUGGCUGAGGAGAACCAGCAGGUGGAAGUGGGGGGCCAUCCUAUACUGCCAUCAGUCUGUUACUCCAGCCGGGGCCAAUUGCUGAGUUCAGACAUAGUGGACUCCGUGGGGGCCCUCUUUUCUACUCUCUUGGAAAAUGCACACAAGUUCCAGCAUGUGGCUGAAGUGCCUGUACCCAGUGUGGGCGAGUACUUGAAAAAGGCAAUUAUUCAAGAGAUGAAGGAAUGGCCAGACGAUGAGGAGACAAAGCAACUGAAGCUGGCUAUCCUCAAUAUGCACUUCAAGCUGGAGUGCUGUGUGAGUGGGACCCAUAGCAUGGACCUGGUGGCACUGGAGCCCUUUGCAGAGUAUACCAUGCUUCCUGGUCUGGACUGCACAUUUCCCAAUGGCUAUGAAGGCCUCACAAACUGUAUGAUGGCAUCUUUGCCCAAAGGGGCUGUGCUGUUUAAUAAGCCAGUGAAGACAGUUCAUUGGGGUGGCUCCUAUUUGGAAGAGACUCCCACAGGCCGGUACUUUCCAGUGCAAGUGGAAUGCGAAAAUGGCGAGAAGUUCUUUGCUGAUCAUGUCAUCAUCACAGUCCCUCUAGGUUUCCUCAAAGAACAAGAGACCUUUUUUUCCCCUCCACUUCCAUCUCAGAAGACGGCAGCAAUACAGCAGCUGGGGUUUGGGACAAACAAUAAAAUCUACUUGGAAUUUGAGCAACCAUUCUGGGAGCCGGACUGUCAAAUUCUUGAGGUUGUGUGGGAGGAUGAAUCGCCUCUGGCUGAGCCACCUGUUGACUUGCAAGCUACCUGGUUCCAAAAGAUUCCUGGCUUCAUUGUUCUUCACCCACCAGAGAGGUAUGGGUACAUCCUCUGUGGCUUCAUUGCUGGGAAAGAAUCUGAAUUCAUGGAAACCCUCACAGAUGCUGAGGUUCUCUCAGCUUUAACACAAGCAUUUCGUAGAGUGACAGGAAAUCCAAAACUUGGUCCUCCAAAGAAUAUUCUGAGAUCCAAAUGGCACAGCGAACCCUACACCAAAGGCUCCUACAGUUACGUGAGUGUUGACAGCAGCGGAGAUGACAUUGAUGCACUUGCUCAGCCCCUUCCCGAGGAGGCAUCUAAUUCCAAGCCACCACAGGUUCUUUUUGCAGGAGAAGCCACACAUCGCACAUUCUAUUCUACCACUCAUGGGGCAUUGUUGUCUGGCUGGAGAGAAGCAAAUCGUCUCAUCUGCCUCUAUGAUAUAUUUGAAUCCUCAAACUACACCCCUAAGUUGUGACUUGGUAGCUGGGAUGACAGCAGCUCAGUUUUGUGGUGAUUUCUCUCCCAAGUUGUCAGAUGUUGUUGGUAUAAUCUCUGCUGCAUACUUCUUAAUCAGUCUGGUUAAACUGCUGCGAAGUAUCUCUUGUUAAUCACUGGUAGCUCUGAUGCCAAAGGAAUUAAUGCUUUUUAACUCUUCCAAUAUGUGCAAGUGGUAGUGUUAGUAUAAAUAAUAAAUAUCUGGUUAAAUGUG